CAGGUGAAGGCGCUGCGUGCUCCGGGUCCGUCCUUACCCGCGCACCGGGGAGCGCCGACCCCCGCUGCCCUUGGCCCGUCCUCCCCCUCCGGCCGGAGGGACCCCGGGCCCGCUGGGGGCCGGGCUGGACAUCGCUGCCCAGCUGCUGCCCCGCGCUUCCCCGCACAUGGAGGCUGAGAUGCUGCAGUCGCCUCUCCUGGGGCUCGGGGAGGAGGAUGAGUCCGACCUGACGGACUGGAACUUGCCCCUGGCCUUUAUGAAGAAAAGGCACUGCGAGAAGAUCGAAGGCUCCAAGUCUUUGGCUCAGAGCUGGAGGAUGAAGGACCGGAUGAAGACUGUAAGUGUUGCCUUAGUUUUGUGCCUCAACGUCGGCGUGGACCCCCCAGACGUGGUGAAAACGACUCCCUGUGCCCGCCUGGAGUGCUGGAUUGAUCCUCUGUCCAUGGGGCCUCAGAAAGCUCUGGAGACCAUCGGGGCCAACCUACAGAAGCAGUAUGAGAACUGGCAGCCCAGGGCCAGGUACAAGCAGAGCCUGGACCCCACGGUGGACGAGGUGAAGAAGCUGUGCACGUCCCUGCGCCGCAACGCCAAGGAGGAGCGCGUGCUGUUCCACUACAACGGGCACGGCGUGCCCCGGCCCACGGUCAACGGGGAGAUCUGGGUCUUCAACAAGAACUACACCCAGUACAUCCCCCUGUCCAUCUACGACCUGCAGACCUGGAUGGGGAGCCCUUCCAUCUUCGUCUACGACUGCUCCAACGCCGGCCUGAUUGUCAAGUCCUUCAAGCAAUUUGCACUACAGAGAGAGCAGGAGCUGGAGGUGGCUGCCAUCAACCCCAACCACCCCCUUGCCCAGAUGCCUCUGCCCCCUUCCAUGAAGAACUGCAUCCAGCUGGCAGCGUGUGAGGCCAACGAGCUGCUGCCCAUGAUCCCAGACCUGCCUGCCGACCUGUUCACCUCCUGCCUCACCACCCCCAUCAAGAUCGCGCUGCGCUGGUUCUGCAUGCAGAAGAGUGUCAGGCUGGUGCCAGGAGUCACGCUGGAUUUAAUAGAGAAGAUUCCUGGGAGGCUGAAUGACAGGAGAACUCCCCUGGGAGAGCUGAACUGGAUCUUCACAGCCAUCACAGACACCAUUGCCUGGAACGUCCUGCCCAGAGAUCUUUUCCAGAAGCUUUUCCGCCAGGACCUGCUGGUGGCCAGUUUGUUCCGAAACUUCCUGCUGGCAGAGAGGAUCAUGAGGUCCUACAACUGCACCCCCGUGAGCAGCCCCCGGCUGCCCCCCACCUACAUGCACGCCAUGUGGCAAGCCUGGGACCUUGCUGUUGAUAUUUGCCUUUCCCAGCUGCCCACCAUUAUCGAGGAAGGAACUGCCUUCAGGCACAGCCCCUUCUUCGCCGAGCAGCUCACGGCCUUCCAGGUGUGGCUGACCAUGGGCGUGGAGAACCGCAACCCCCCGGAGCAGCUGCCCAUCGUCCUGCAGGUGCUGCUGAGCCAGGUGCACCGGCUGCGAGCUCUGGAUCUGCUGGGGAGGUUCCUGGACCUGGGGCCCUGGGCUGUCAGCCUGGCCCUCUCUGUUGGCAUUUUCCCCUAUGUGCUGAAGCUCCUCCAGAGCUCAGCCCGUGAGCUGAGACCUCUCCUUGUGUUCAUCUGGGCCAAGAUCCUGGCAGUGGACAGUUCGUGCCAGGCUGACCUGGUGAAGGACAAUGGACACAAGUAUUUCCUCUCAGUCCUGGCAGAUCCUUACAUGCCAGCUGAGCACAGGACCAUGACAGCCUUCAUCCUGGCUGUGAUUGUCAACAACUACAACACUGGCCAGGAAGCCUGCCUGCAAGGGAACCUGAUAGCGAUCUGCCUGGAGCAGCUGAACGAUCCCCACCCGCUCCUCAGGCAGUGGGUGGCCAUUUGUCUGGGGAGGAUCUGGCAGAACUUCGACUCAGCCAGGUGGUGUGGAGUGAGAGACAGUGCCCAUGAGAAGCUCUACAGCCUCCUCUCAGAUCCAAUCCCAGAGGUUCGCUGUGCCGCUGUCUUUGCUCUGGGGACCUUUGUGGGCAACUCUGCGGAGCGCACGGACCACUCGACCACCAUCGACCACAACGUGGCCAUGAUGCUGGCCCAGCUCAUCAACGACGGCAGCCCCAUGGUCCGCAAGGAGCUGGUGGUGGCCCUGAGUCACCUGGUGGUUCAGUACGAGAGCAAUUUCUGCACCGUGGCCUUGCAGUUCAUAGAGGAGGAGAAGAAUUAUCCUCUCCCUUCUCCUGCUGCUCCAGAGGGCGGGAGCCUGACCCCGGUGCGGGACGGGCCCUGCACGCCGCGCCUGCGCUCCGUCAGCUCCUACGGCAACAUCCGCGCCGUCACCACGGCCAGGAACCUCAACAAGUCCCUGCAGAACCUCAGCCUCAACGAGGAGUCUGGAAGCUCGGUGGCGUUCUCCCCUGGGAAUCUGAGCACGAGCAGCAGUGCCAGCAGCACGCUGGGCAGCCCCGAGAACGAGGAGUACAUCCUGUCCUUCGAGACCAUCGACAAGAUGAGACGAGUCAGCUCCUACUCCUCCCUCAACUCCCUCAUAGGUGUGAGUUUCAACAGUGUUUAUACCCAGAUUUGGAGGGUGCUCCUUCACCUGGCUGCUGACCCCUAUCCCGACGUGUCCGACCUGGCCAUGAAGGUUCUCAACAGCAUUGCCUACAAGGCCACGGUGAACGCUCGCCCCCAGCGCAUCCUGGACACCUCCUCGCUGACCCAGUCGGCCCCUGCCAGCCCCACCAACAAGGGGAUGCACAUCCACCAAGUGGGAGGGUCACCCCCAACCACGAGCACCAGCAGCUCCAGCCUGACCAACGAGGUGCCCAAGCAGCCGGUGAGCCGGGACCUGGCGUCCGUGCGCCCCAACGUCACCAACGUGGGUGUCCAGUACACCCCCCACUCCCACCAGUUCCCCAGGACAAGGAAAAUGUUUGACAAAGGCCCAGAACAGACAGCCGAUGAUGCUGACGAUGCCGUGGGACACAAGAGCUUCAUCUCGGCCGCGGUGCAGACGGGGUUCUGCGACUGGAGCGCCAAGUACUUCGCCCAGCCCGUCAUGAAGAUCCCCGAGGAGCACGACCUGGAGAGCCAGAUCCGCAAGGAGCGGGAGUGGCGCUUCCUGCGCAACGCCCGCGUCAGGAAACAGGCGCAGAAGAUCAUCCAGAAGGGCAUCUCCCGGCUGGACGAUCAGAUCUUCCUCAACAGGAACCCGGGCGUGCCCUCCGUGGUGAAAUUCCAUCCCUUCACGCCCUGCAUCGCCGUGGCUGACAAGGACAGCAUCUGCUUUUGGGACUGGGAGAAAGGGGAAAAGCUGGACUAUUUCCACAACGGGAACCCUCGGUACACGCGGAUCACGGCCAUGGAGUACCUGAACGGCCAGGACUGCUCCCUGCUGCUCACUGCCACAGACGAUGGUGCCAUCAGAGUGUGGAAGAACUUUGCAGACCUGGAGAAGAACCCGGAGAUGGUGACAGCCUGGCAGGGGCUGUCAGACAUGCUGCCAACCACACGAGGUCUGGCCCGAAGGGUGUCCAUCUACCUGGACAGAAGCAAGCAGGGAGGAGCAGGGAUGGUGGUGGACUGGGAACAAGAAACCGGGCUCCUGAUGACCUCAGGAGACGUGAGGAUCAUCCGGAUCUGGGACACGGAUCGGGAAAUGAAAGUCCAGGACAUUCCCACUGGAGCUGACAGCUGUGUCACCAGCCUGUCCUGUGACUCCCACCGCUCGCUGAUCGUGGCGGGGCUGGGGGACGGCUCCAUCCGCGUGUUCGACAGGAGGAUGGCGCUCAGUGAAUGCCGAGUCAUGACCUACCGCGAGCACACGGCCUGGGUGGUGAAGGCCUACCUGCAGAAGCACCCCGAGGGCAACAUCAUGAGCGUCAGCGUCAAUGGUGACGUGAGGUUCUUCGACCCCCGCAUGCCCGAGUCCAUGAAGGUGCUGCAGAUCGUCAAGGGGCUCACGGCCCUCGACAUCCACCCCCAGGCCAACCUCUUUGCAUGUGGCUCCAUGAACCAGUUCACCGCCAUCUACAACGGCAACGGGGAGCUGAUCAACAACAUCAAAUACUACGAUGGCUUCAUGGGACAAAGAGUGGGAGCCAUCAGCUGCCUGGCCUUCCACCCUCACUGGCCCCACCUGGCCGUCGGCAGCAAUGACUUCUACAUCUCGGUCUACUCGGUGGAGAAGAGGAUCAGAUGACGGCGCCCGGCGCGGCCGGAGCGGCUCCGGGGCCUCCCUGUACAUAGAGAAAUCAUCGACUUGAAUGUUUCGUGUUGGCUGCUGCUGCACCCCAUAACUUGAACAUUUGUUCUUCUGACUUAGCUACUGAUGGGUUUGACAAGGGGAAGAGACAAUCUCCUGGUUUGGUUUGGUUUUGUUUUCCAGCUAUAUCCUCCAAAAGCUACAGAAAAGGAACAUUUCUUUUUGUUUCCAGUGGUUGGCUUCUCUGUCAGGAACACGGCUCCUGAGCUCGGAAGGACUUGGAUGAGGCAACGCCCUUGAGAAGGGUCUUGUUUUAGUCUUUGUUCCGUGUUUUACUGGAGUGUGGGUUCUUCAAGGACUGUCAGGACUCACCUACAGCUCCACGGGACCCUCCAGCUGCUGUGCCAAACGCAGUUCUGGGACAGGGCAGCGCAGGAUGUACCUGCCAGGGAGGCAGGGCAGCACAUCCUCUGCAUGAACCUCCUCCUCCUCUUCCUCCUCCUCCUCCUCCUCCUCCCUGCAGCAAGGACAGCCGGGGAUCCUGCAGGAAGGGGCUCAGGGAGAUGGCAAGAGCAGGACAGUAAAGCUGCGUGUGAGGAAGAUGAGGGAAGGAAGGGAAUGAAGAUCUCCAUCCUCCCAACAAGCCUGGAGCGAGUCACCGGUGCCACCACGUUCCACCCGAGCCCACGGUGCCGGUGGCGAGCCGGGGGCUCCUGAGCCGCUGUCCCUGUGCCACGGGGAGCUCCACAGGCACAGCUCUGUGUCCUGGGCUCUGUGUGCUCCCCACGGCUGCUCUGCACACAGCCGAGGGCAGGAUUUGGCCCCUUGGGGCUGCACACCACGGCUGCCCCUUUGGAAAUGAGCGUGGAAGCACCUGGGCACCGAGAAUCACCGAGGAGGAGGAGGAGGAGGAGGGAGGCAGUCACUGCUCGGUGCCCUCACCCCAGCUGUCCAGGCAAGGCCUGCUCCGUCUUCCACACCUUCCACGUCCAAAUAACGAAUGUUUUGUCCCUUGGGAUCCGUGCUGGGGCUGGGGCUGGGGCUGGGAAGGGAGAGCACAGCCAAAGGUUUCCUUGCAGAGGUGCAGAACUCGCUGCGGGGCCAGGAAUUCCCAGUGCUUCCCAGUCCCAGGGGAUCUGCAGGCUCCCAGCAAGCAGAUCCUGGAGGGAAUGGGGUGAGGGAAGGGCUCAGCACCCCUCUGUCCCUGUGCUGACACCUCUGUCCCAUGCCCAGUGCUGCUGCUGGCCCUGGCACCGUGCCCGUGUGUCCUGGGGCACCGGGACCACACCAGGGACGGGUCCUGUGGCCACCCCGAGGUGCCACAGGCAGGUGGGGGCUCUGGCCGGGGAGAGGUCCCCAAGCCACGGCGGUGGAGCCGAGGUCGGGUGUCCCCGAGCACCGUCCCUGUCAGGGAGGCCGAGGGCCACAUCCCAGGAUAAUGAAUCAAAGGCUUUAAACCUAAAAACUACCUGAAAAUCCACUUUUAAAUUACCCAAAGUUAAUUAUGGUCUUAACAGAGCUGUGCCUCUUCCCGACCUGCUCCCGGGCUGUCCGUGGGGCUGGAGCCACAGUUUGGGAUCUCACGUAACCCGUUAACAUUCACAGCUUCAAAAACAAUGGAUUUUUAACUCCUAUCAGUGUAUUUGUGAAAGGAACAGGACAUUCCUGGCCUGGUGGGAGCCGCUGCUCCUGCCCGGCUCCGCUGCAGCCGGAUUUAAGGAAUUUUAAGGAAUUGGGGCUGUUGGGUUUUUACCUGAGUGUGUGUGGGCUGUGCUUCCACAGGUCUGAUGCACAGAUGUAAUCAUGGGAUCACAGAGUUUAACCAAGGAUCUGAAGAGCGUCCUAUCUUAAAAGUUCACUUAUCUCUAUUUAUUUUACAAAAAUAAAGUUUAAAAAAAUAUAUAUAAAAACCCCCACACGAUUGUAAUGUGAGAGUAAAGCGAUUACAGACAAAUAAAUGGUUAAUAAAAAAUAAA